AUGACCACCCGACAUCCCGCAGCCAUGGGACAGUUUCUGAAGGAGACCAUGCCCGAGUGGGGUCUUGAUGGAAGGAUAGGAAUUGGAAAGAUCGAGGUCAAGUGUCUGCUGCUGUUGAUGUUGGGGCUCGCUCUCCUGAGGGAGGGGGCAGCUCAGAAAAACCCCGAAGCAGGGGAUACUGCCCUUUGUCCUCCUCUGGAGGACAACAGUGUGAGGGUUGACAUUCGCAUCCUCAAUCAAAACCGGGCUGUUACCAUCUCACAUGACUUCCAGAACCGCUCCAGCUCCCCCUGGGAUUACAACAUCACCAGGGACCCUCACCGGUUCCCCUCCGAGAUUGCAGAGGCCCAGUGCAGGCACUUGGGCUGCAUCAAUGCCGAGGGGAAGGAAGACAGCUCUCUGAACUCCGUUCCCAUCCAGCAAGAGGUCCUGGUCCUCCGGAGGGAGCCCCAGGGCUGCACUCACUCCUUCCGACUGGAGAAGAUGAGCGUGACUGUUGGCUGCACCUGCGUCACCCCCAUCAUCCGCCAUGUACGUGACCUGAGAGUUGCCCCUCAACUUAGCUGAAGAAGCUGCAGAAGUGCCACUCCUCCUCCUGCAUCAAGUCCUGAGUGGUCCCCGAUUCUCUCUUAGUGUGUUUUGCAUGGAAUCCUCAGAGCUUUGUAUUAGAUAUAGUGUUAACUUUCUGGGGUGCUUCCGAAUCCUAAUAUUAUCCUGAGAUGUUUCAAUGUCCCCAACCCCUGAAAAUGAAUGGCGAAUGAAGGAACCCUUGGUCCACUCUGUUCAUGUGCUGGGAUGACUACCACACAAUCAUGUGU